CCGCAGUGAAGUGGGGCUGAUAUGGCUGGAGGAGGCAUGCUGCCCUCCCUGCCCACACUGACCGUGCUUGUGCCCCUGCUCUCCCUAGCAGGCUUGUUUUACUCGGCCAGUGUAGAUGAGACCUUCCCACAGGGCUGCACCAGCACAAACAGCUUAUGUUUCUACAGUCUCCUCCUUCCUAUUACGAUACCAGUUUAUGUGUUCUUCCACCUGUGGACCUGGAUGGGGAUUAAGCUUUUUAGGCACAACUAGUGCAAUGCAUUUGCUAACUCCUGGGCUUCCAUAAAGUGACAUAGUUUAUUUAAUCUCAUCUGGUAUUGCAGUUGGUUUGAGAGAGUCUCCUGGGACCAGUGACUGUCAUCGUUUUCCCAGUACUCUCUGGAACUAUGAGGACCCCUGUAGCAGCCUAGUAUUUAAUUAUUGCUAAGGCAGAUAAAGAGAGUAACAAGAAGCACUAAUUACUGCUAGUGUAUCCCAUGAAGUGUUGUGCAUUUGUGGUGGCACUAAUGAAAAUCUUCUAUGUAGUGAUGUUUUUUACGAGGAAGAACUGUACCCUGGCUGAAAUAACUUAAAUAAUAAACAAUAAUAACUAGCAGCA